CGCGAAGUGCGAAAAAAAAGCCUUUCACAAGAUGACACACAAACUUCGUUUACAUCGCCACUGUUAACCGUCUCCGGAGCUUCCAAAGAAAAACUUCAUUCGUCGCUUUAUAAAAAAACAAACGAAAGCUUUUAUUUCUCCACUUCAUUUCUGGCUUCUACUCUCUAUCCUUCUUCCAUUAUCUCUGCGAGGAGACUCGCCGGGACUCUAAUGGCCGCCGUUGCUGGAUCGAAUGUUGUUGCUUUCAAAUCGGUCGCAACCUCCGCCAAAUCAUGGGGUUCCGGUGACCGGCGUAUCGUUCAGUUAGGUCAGUGGUCUCCCGUGUCUACUGGCAUCCGAUCGGGUCAGGUCUGGCCUCGGAUUGAGCUCCAGUGCAGAUCGAGGAGCUUGUUUUCUACUUCUGGUGCAAGAGCUCAGGUCGCCACUGUUGAACACGCAAGCACAGAGGCGGUUAAAAAUGUUGAAGCACCUGUAGUCAUAGUGACUGGAGCAUCUAGAGGUAUUGGUAGAGCAGUUGCAUUGUCUUUGGGGAAAGCUGGUUGUAAGGUUUUAGUAAAUUAUGCUAGGUCAUCCAAGGAGGCUGAGGAAGUUUCCAAAGAGAUUGAAGCAUCUGGUGGUCUGGCUCUUCCUUUUGGGGGAGAUGUUUCUAAAGAAGCUGAUGUAGAAGCAAUGAUAAAAGCUGCUGUUGAUACUUGGGGAACCAUUGAUAUAUUGGUGAACAAUGCAGGAAUCACUCGGGAUACUUUGUUGAUGAGAAUGAAGAAAUCUCAGUGGCAGGAAGUUAUUGAUCUGAAUCUCACUGGCGUAUUCCUCUGUACACAGGCAGCUGCCAAGAUCAUGAUGAAGAAGAGAAAGGGAAAGAUAAUCAACAUAGCCUCAGUUGUGGGUCUGGUAGGCAACGCUGGACAAGCCAACUACAGUGCUGCGAAAGCAGGAGUUAUUGGCUUGACAAAGACAGUUGCAAAGGAGUAUGCCAGUAGAAACAUUAAUGUCAAUGCUGUUGCCCCUGGAUUUAUUGCAUCUGACAUGACUGCUAAGCUUGGAGAAGAUAUUGAGAAAAAAAUAUUGGAAACAAUCCCGUUAGGAAGGUAUGGCCAACCGGAAGAAGUUGCUGGACUGGUGGAAUUCCUGGCUCUGAAUCCGGCCGCCAAUUACAUUACUGGACAGGUCCUCACCAUUGAUGGAGGAAUGGUCAUGUGAGCCAGCAAUGCAACCUGCCCGGUCAAGUGCAGGAGACCGUUCUAGCUUGUGGAAUACAGUUCUGGUGGGGGAUUACUAGAUCAGUGGAGGUUCUCCUUACGUCAGUUUUGACUAAUAAUGAAGUAGAGUAUUUUGUAGAACUUUACCGCACUCGUUUGUGAAUCCAAACAGGGACUGUAUAACAGUUUUUUCAGACUGGGUUUUUGACAUUAUAGGAAUGAGGUUCCUGCAAUCAAACUCUUUUACGGUGUACCGUGUCCCGCUACGGUGCAAGGCUGUGCACUGAGAACUAGUUUCUAAUUCUUAAUCUAAAAUUGCACCAGUGGGUCUUCACAUUUGCUA